AUGCUUUUUGCUCUUCCGUUCGCCAAUAUCGCACUUGCGACGACAACAGUGCAUAGCUCUCCCCACGGCUCGCUUCAUCUUCACGAUGCAUGCGAUAGUGUUGAUGCUGAGUGCUCAUUUCCACAUCACGCGGCCGGCAAGAAGCGGUGGACGACUAGACCCGGAGCUGGACCACGGAGCUGUACCAUGGGAUUGGGAAAGGCGGCCGUGUCUUGUUCGCUCUAA